UGCAGCUGUAGAGAAACACAAUUUUUGUUUAAUGAGGAUAUAUAUUUUAUUCAGGUUUUCCUUAUUUUCAGUUCACAUUCAGGAAAAUCAAAAUAGGAAGAUCAGGGAAGCGAAAGACAAGAAUGUAGAGCAAGAGGAUAAGUCCUUGAAAAAAAUGAAGAAACAUCGACUUUCUCAAGAUACAACUGUAACAGCACAUCAGUGUCUACUUACUGCUGAAGCAAGUACCUUCAUCAGGGUUCCCAAAGAUCAUAUCUUAGAAGGGUCGAAGACGUCCAUUAUUUUGAAGCCAUCAAAUAGAAAAGAAGAAAGAAAUAAUUUGAAGAUAGUCAAGAAGGAAGAUGAAUCUGUUGGAAAAGGGCAAGUCAUGAUGGUUCAGAAGAAAAUAACGCACUAUUUGUCUGAUAGCAGAUAAUAAACUAUUUUUUGAUAAUGUAAUUGAGUCAGAGGUGACUCCCAUCAAUCUUACUUCCUUUACAGAAAAAUAAAUAUAAACAAAAUAUUAUUUAUGUAAAAUAUGAUUUAUUUUUGUAAUAAAAUCAAUAAACUUUAUGUAAUUAAGUCAGAGGUGACUCCCAUCAAUCUUACUUCCUUUACAGAACAAUAUAAUUUCUAAGAAAAAAUUCCUAAGUAUUUUUGUAACAUAUAUGAUAUAUUUUUUUAAUAAAAUCAAUAAACUUG